AUGUCUCGAGUUACCCGCUCUCAAUCACGCGCUGCCUCUAACGCCUCUGGCGACACUAAUUUCCCUGAUAUCAUGGAAUUAAUCCAGCAAAGUCGUGAUACUGCUAGAGUGGCGACACCCGUUGCGGAAACCUCUAGAUCUGUUGGUUUUCCUUCGGUCCGUUCUCAAGAAAAACGACCCGCUAGGAAUAGGUUAUCGCCUCCCCACAGAAUAAAUUCAGUUCCCUUUAACGGCCAAUUCACGCCCAGCAAAAAAUACGUUGAGGAUGGGACGACGAUUGGCAUCUAUUUUGGCCGAGCUCGCGCUGUACCCGAAGUGGUGCCGUUCAAGUCGAAGAUCAACAAAAAAGGAGCUCCUGCCCAUGUAUUCUUCAAACGAUGCAUCUAUCUACGGUCUCGUUUUUCUGAUAGCACUAUAGCGGACGAUCUCUAUGAAGCAUUCGUCGUAGUUGACGGUCGGGGACACUUUGUGGGUGGUACUUAUGACCAAACAUCAGGAGAGUUGAACCAGGCCAUUGCCGCUCUUGGCUGCGACGAGAUCUACAAGGGUGACAUCGGUAUCGCUUUUUUCGCCAUACGCCAACCAGAUAGGUUCGUGGAAUCGCUUCCUCGCUAUAAGAGUGAGCAGGAGAAGAAGGAAAACCUUGCACGGGUAAUCACGGCAUUUGCCCAAAACGUUCGAAACCAUGUCGAAAACGGAACGCCAUUGAAGUACCUUCUUCGCGGUUAA